AAAAGUGUCGUAUUUUGAACGAACUUCAAUUAUGAAUCACCGUAAAGUGCAUUGCAAGUACAGUGAAUAAAAAACGGGUGAAUGUCCGAUUUCAAGCGACGGACUCAUUCAUUCUGCUACCUGCUACUGCUGAAGUCUCUAGCUAGACUACUGCCUACUGCUACCGCCAUCAAUAUUCAAACACGAUUCAAGAUUCGAGGUUUUGGCCAGUUUUGCGAAAUUAUGACGGACACUUCAGAAGAUACUUCGAAAGUACAAUGGCCACGUAUUUUUCUGUUUGGCGACUCGCUGACGCAGCACGCAUUCUUGGAGGACGGCUGCUGGGGGGCCCUACUGGCUGCUAGCUUCGAAAGGAAAUGUGACAUCGUGUCACGUGGAUUUUCGGGUUACAAUACUCGGAUGUGCAAGUACGUGCUUCCCAGACUGUUCGACAAGGACGACGUCCCGUCGACGGUAGCCUUCGUCCUCUGGCUCGGUGCAAACGAUGCUGCGCCCGCGCAAGACUUGGGCCGACAACAUGUGCCGCUGAGCGAGUACGUGGACAAUCUAGACGAAAUGCUGCAGUAUCUCAAGGGCUGCGGACUGAAGAGUAAAAGCAUCAUACUAUUGACACCUCCGCCGUUCGACGAGGAAAAAUGGGCGCAGAAGUGUCGCGAAAAAGGAAGGCCCGAGAGCAGACGAGAGUCUCAAGUGCUCGCCAUGUACACCGAUGCCUGUGUCUGUCUCGGUGGAAGACACAACGUAACGGUCGUUAACCUCUACAGCGAAAUGCUCCGAGAGAAGGACUGGAAAGACAUGCUGUGCGACGGACUCCAUCUUGCAAAGUCCGGUGGUGCAAAAGUGGCCUCGCUUCUGCUGCCUCACCUUCAAAGGCUCACCGCAAACGCACCGACUCUCUUUCCAGACUGGAAAGAGAUCGACAGGGAUCAUCCGGAAAAGUCUCUCCUCAACUGGAAACCUCACUAAAGACAACAUUUGUGCUCUAUUUGCUGUACAGGGGCUGAAUACAGCUGAAAUACAGCCACUGUCUAGUAAAGAACGUAUACGUGUUUGAUGCCAAA